AUGUAUAAAGUUGUCUUUCAUAGACUCAGGCUGCAGUUGGCAGCAAAGGGGGAAACUGAGACUCGCUACGGCUUUUCUUCAACCGAUUAUGGCGAACUGCCUGGGAGUCCUGUGCCUUUGAAUGUUGACUGCGGAACCACCGGCAAAACUGCGGGAUACUUGAGCAUGACAUGGGUCGGUGAUGAACAGUAUGUAAAGUCGAGCCAAUCUGCGACGGCGCGGAUCGAGGUCUUGAGCAUGAUAUGGGUCGGUGAUGGACAGUAUGUAAAGCCGGGCCAAUCUGUAACGGGGCAGAUCGAGAACGGAGUCAUAGGGCCACUCACCACUCUCCGGUACUUCCCUGAUCAGAGAAAGAACUGCUACUCCUUCCCUGGGGUGGGCCAAGGCUUGAAGAUCCUUGUUCGCGCUUGGUUUUAUUAUGGCAACUACGACGGCUUGUCCUCUCCACCAACAUUUGAUCUUCUUUUCAACGGGAACAAUUGGGGGACGGUGUUUCUUUCGGGAGACAGUGGUUCUGCACUCUAUGAGAUGGUCUACGUCACCAAAGUUGAUGAAGUUAGUGUCUGUUUGGCUCGAACCAAGCCCAACGACGUUCCCUUCAUCAACUCUCUUGAAAUAAAGAAGCUGGAAAAAGACAUGUAUGAUCACAUGGACACCGAUCGGCCGCUGCACCUCAGUGGCAGAUAUGCAUCGCCAUCAUAUUCAUAUGUGAGGUACCCCGAUGAUCCCUAUGAUCGACUCUGGUUUCCUUUUACCAACUAUUCAACAACCGGGUUAAGUCCGGUGAGGAGGAGUUCUGACCCGAGCUCCAACCUACCAGACAGACCACCGGCUGCUGUUCUGCGCCAGGCUAUUACGCCAUCAUCCAGUCUAGCAUCUAACAUGACCGUCCCCAACCUCAUAACCUCGACGUCGCUGGUGCCUCAUUACGUUACUUUUUAUUUCGUGGAGAUGUUGGCCAACGCCAGCAGGUCGUUCGACAUCUACUUGGACGCUCAGCAAUUUUAUUCCAAGACAAUCGUUCCAGGAGAGACAGUGUUGGAGAUUCCAAACCCCAACAUCUCACUCUCGACUAGCUCGGUGUUCUCGCUGGUGAGAGCCAAAGGCUCCACUCUGCCUCCUUUAGUAAGCGCGGCAGAGUUCUAUAUGGUCGGUGAUGCAUGGGUCGUCGAUGCAACCGACAGUUCGGACGUGAAGGCGUUGAGUAAGUUUCAGAAGAGUUAUGUACAGCUCCAGCCCUGGAGCGGAGAUCCUUGCCUUCCCAUCGGCUAUGCCUGGGAAUGGGUCAACUGCAGCUCUGAUUCCACUCCUCGAGUUACUGCAAUUUCUAUCAAAAUUAACGUGCUAGGGAAGCCAACGUCGGCUCUUCUAGAACAAGAGAUCGUGCAGCAUGGCUUCUCUCAUGCUGAGAUAGUGCAAAUCACCAACAAUUUUGAGAAAGUCCUCAGUCAAGGAGGAUCUGGAAACGUCUACUACGGUCGACUUAGAAAUGGCACCGAAGUUGCUGUCAAGGUGCUAAACAAUUCACUCUCACAAGGAACCAAGGAGUUUGUAGCAGAGGAAUCAUUUGAGACCAUUUCGGGCGAAGCUAUUGAUGACAAUUCACCACAGAUGCUUGGAUUGAACUAUUCGCACUCAGGAUGCUAUCCGCCAAUCAUUGACAGGGAUGUGAAAACAACAAAUAUACUUUUGAAUGCAAGGAUGGAAGCAAAAGUAGCAGACUUUGGAUUGUCCAAAGCUGGCCAAAAGGAUGACGUGACUCCUCCAUCAACUGCAGUCGCCAGCACUCCUGGAUGUAUUGAUACAGAGUAUCUUUACUCCAGUUAUGGCCAAAAGGGCGAUGUGACUCAGAUGUCAACUGCAGUCGCCGGCACACCUGGAUAUAUCGAUCCCGGGUACUACAGUACCAGCCUGGUCACCAAGAAAAGCGACGUCUAUAGCUUUGGUGUUGUUCUCUUCGAGCUCAUAACUGGACAUUCUCCAAUGUUUACUGAAUCAGGAGAGCGUCUUCAUAUAGUUGAAUGGGUAUCACCAAGACUAGCUAAAGGGGACAUCCAUGGUGUUGCGGACCCUAAACUGAGUGGGCAAUACAAUGUGAACUCGAUGUGGAAGGUUGUAGACAUAGCAAUGUCAUGCACCUCUCAACGGCAUCAUUCAAGGCCACACAUGAGUAACGUAGUCCACCAACUGAAGCAGGCCAUCGAGUUAGAGAAUAAUUAUCAGCACAGGACUGAUACCUCAUUUACAGAGUUUCAACUUUCAUCAUCAUCUCCUUAUGAAUUUUCCAGCUCAUCUCUAUCUAGUUCGAGUCUACCACCAGCCAGAUAG